AUGGCUUCCGCAAAAGUUCUUCAUAGCUGCACCAUUCUUACACACCGUAUCAUCACCAACAGGCUUCACAUUCUCUUCCACUUCACAGUCACACUGUUGUUGCUGUACUACCGGAUAUCACAUUUCUUCAAUGGAAAUAGCUUGCCAGCUUUAUCAUGGGCUCUCAUCACUAUUUCUGAAAUCAUUUUCACUUUCAUUUGGUGCCUCACUCAGGCCUUUCGUUGGCGGCCUCUGUCGCGUACUGUCUCGAUCGAUGAAAUUCCUGCUAACAUGAAUUUGGAGGGGCUUGAUGUGUUUGUUUGCACUGCUGAUCCGCGAAAGGAGCCGACCAUGGAGGUUAUGAACACUAUUAUAUCGGCCUUAGCACUCGAUUAUCCGCCAGAGAAGUUAGCGGUGUAUCUUUCCGAUGACGGGGGAUCUUAUAUUACCUUGUAUGCUCUAAAGGAAGCUUUUGCAUUUAGUAAACGUUGGCUUCCAUUUUGUAUGAAGUAUAGAAUCAAAACUAGGUGCCCAGAGGCUUUUUUCUCUUUAGCCAAGUAUGAAGAACUUUCAAUUACUGAUGAAUUUAGUGCCAAGAAAGAUGAACUUGAAAUGAAGUACAAUUUGUUUAAGAGAAAUGUGGAGAAAAUUUGUGAAGAUGCAAGCAAUUAUGUUGUAUUUGACAGGCCUGCUCAUGCUGAGAUCAUACAUGGAGACACCUAUAUGGAUGAUAAUGAGAACGAUGAAGAAAGUACUAAGAUGCCUCUCCUUGUAUAUGUCUCACGCGAAAGACGACCUUCUAAACCUCAUCGUUUCAAAGCCGGCGCUCUCAACGCCCUUCUUCGAGUUUCGGAGAAGUUUAGUAAUGGCCCUUACCUCUUAGUAUUGGACUGUGACAUGUACUGCAAUGACCCUACUUCUGCUAGACAAGCGAUGUGCUUUCAUCUUGAUCCUCAGAUGUCCCCAUCUCUAGCUUUCGUUCAAUUCCCGCAAAUGUUCUACAAUAUUAGCAAGAAUGACAUAUACGAUAACCAAGCCCGAUCGGCUUACAGGAUAAAAUGGCAAGGAAUGGAUGGAAUUCGAGGGCCAUCUCUUUCGGGUACCAGCUUCUACCUAAAGAGGAAGGCAUUAUAUGGAAGUCCUAAUUGUGAAGACAAGCAUCCCUCUGAGGCUCAAAGGACUUCUGGUGAGUUGAUGAAGUUUAGCAGUGAAGAAGAAAUUGCCAUCUUAAAAGAGGCCAAGCUUUUGGCCUCGUGUAACUACGAAAGAAACACAAAAUGGGGUGAAGAGAUAGGAUUCUCCUAUGAAAGCCUGUUGGAGAGCACAUUUACAGGUUACCUGCUGCACUGCAGAGGGUGGACUUCAGUGUAUCUUUGUCCGACCAGGCCAUGUUUCUUGGGUUGCACCACUAUUGAUAUGAAGGAUGCCUUGGUUCAACUUGUGAAAUGGAGCUCUGGUUUGUUGCAAAUCGGUCUGUCAAGGUUCAGUCCUCUCUCGUACGGUGUCUCGAGGAUGUCAAUCCUACAAAGCAUGUGUUACGGAUAUUUCAUUUACCAACCCCUGUAUGCCAUUGCAUUCCUCAUAUAUGGCAUAAUUCCUCAAUUAUGCUUCCUGAAUGGCAUUCCCUUGUACCCCAAGGUUUUAAGCCCGUGGUUUGUGGUUUUUUCGACAGUUUAUCUAUCCGCAAUAGGACAGCAACUGCAUGAGGUCUUAUCUGAUGGAGGCACAACAUUGACAUGGUGGAAUGAACAGAGAAUUUGGGUGAUAAAGUCAGUUUCAGGUAGCUGUUUUGGAUGCUUAGACGUAUUCAUGAAAUGGUCGGGAAUAGAGAAAACAACUUUCAGGUUAACAAAUAAAGCAGUGGACAAAGACAAACUGGAAAAAUAUGAAAAGGGUGAAUUUGAUUUCCAAGGGGCAACAAUGUUCAUGAUUCCUUUGUCAGCUCUGGCUAUUUUGAAUAUGGCGUGUUUCAUUGGUGGAUUAGGAGGAAUUAUCUUAAGAAGAAAUUAUGAAGAGAUGUUUGGGCAGAUUUUUCUCUCCUUAUUUAUCAUGGCUCUUAGCUAUCCCAUGAUUCAAGGUUUAUUGAAAAGGAGCAAAAAGGAGAAGCAGUAAACAACUUCG